AUGAAAUUAGGCAACCAAAAACAAAUUGAAAUUGCUACUGAAGGUGAUUUGCUGACCAGAGAACGUCUUUGUUGUGGCUUAUCAAUGUUUGAGAUAGUGUUGUCACGUAUAAAGUCUUUCUUGGAUGAUGAGAUUUGGCAUGGCACACAACCAUCGAAUGGUGUCAUGAAUAUCGAUGAAUGCACAGAGUUCCAUCGACUGUGGAGUGCAAUACAGUUUGUCUUCUGUAUUCCCGUUGGAGAAAACGAAUUUACUGUUGAAGAAUUAUAUGGUGAAGGUUUGAAUUGGGCCGGUUGUGCCCUGAUUGUGUUGCUCGGCCAACAGCGAAGAUUUGAGGCCCUCGAUUUUUGCUAUCAUAUACUUAAAGUGAACAGAGUUGAUAUGAAGGAUGACAAUGUCAAAGGAAUUAUGCUGAAAAAGAUGGUUGACCGCAUCCGCAAAUUCCAAAUCCUGAACAACCAAAUAUUUGCUGUUCUUAACAAGUACCUGAAAUCCAGUGAUGGAGACAAUACCCCUGUAGAACAUGUUCGCUGCUACCAGCCACCUAUUCAUCAGUCACUGGCAACAACCAUCUAG